AUGAAGCGGAUUCACUGCGUCCUUCCAGUGGAAAUCAAGACGCAAGCAUUUCCAAAAAAGUCACCAAGAACAAUUUCUGUCCCGGCAAUGUUUAUCCUCACAAAGAUCGCGGACCUGGUCCAGAUCGUCUCUGAAGAUUUCAAUAAGGACGCUUUCCAAGCCCUUCAAGACAACAUCAAUGCCAAAUAUGCCAACAAAGUGAUCCAAAAGAUCGGUCUCUGCGUCUGCCUUUAUGAUCUGCUGGCUGCAUCAGAGGGUCUUAUUGGCCAUGGAACUGGACUGGUCAAUGUCAAUGUCGAAUUCCGCCUCAUAGUCUUCCGCCCCUUCAAAAACGAAGUCAUCACCGGCCGCAUCAGCAGCGCGACGCCCAGAGGAAUCCGAGUUCGUGUCCCCUUCUUCCAAGAGAUCUUCGUACCAGUGGACAAACUCCCCGAAGGCGCCUCAUUCAAUGAGGAGCUAGGGCAGUACAUAUGGGUCCCCGAGCCCGAUGGCGACCAGCUCUACUUCGACGCCAACGAUAUCGUCCGUGUCCGCAUCGAAGAUGAAAUCUGGACCGACCAGUCGCCCGUCGGACCACGGGAGAAAGAGGAAGGGGCGAGCGUCAAGACGCAUCCGUACGUGCUGAUAGGCAGUAUGGAGGAUGCUGGGCUGGGCCCGUGUCUCUGGUGGGAUGGGGAUGACGAAGAGGGAGAGGGAGAAGCAGAAGGAGAGGGAGAGAAAGAAGGAGAAGGAGAGGCAGAGGGGGAGGAGUAG